AUGACGCCCCGUUCCAGGAGACUUUUGUACGAUUCAAAAUUUGAGCUUUUCCCUCUUCACUCGCCGCUACUAGGGGAAUCCUUGUUAGUUUCUUUUCCUCCGCUUAUUGAUAUGCUUAAGUUCAGCGGACGCGCCAAAGGAGGCAUUACUCUGAUGAAGAUGUUUAUCACAUCAGAUACGCUGCACGGCAGGGUACACUCAUACAUUUCAGACGGGUCGACGCUAGCCGACGACGUCCAGGGCGCAAGGUGCGUUCGAAGAUUCGAUGAUUCACUGAAUUCUGCAAUUCACAUUACUUAUCGCAUUUCGCUGCGUUCUUCAUCGAUGCGAGAGCCAAGAGAUCCGUUGUUGAAAGUUGUAUUAGUUGCGCGUUAUGCACAGGUACAUUCUAUCACAUUCGGCGUAUGUAAAAAAGUACUCUGGGCGAACGGAGGACAAAAGUCCCCACACGCGUGGACGAAAAGUCCGGGCGUUCGAUCGACCACAGAGUCUAGGGUUCACAGGUGUGUGGAUGUUUGCGACACGCGUGCACAUGUGUUGCCACCAGCACAACGUAUCGACUUUAGAUUCGUUAAUGAUCCUUCCGCAGGUUCACCUACGGAAACCUUGUUACGACUUUUACUUCCUCUAAAUGACCAACACGACAAAGUUUCACAAGAUUACCCGGACCUUCCGGCCAAGGUGAUAAACUCGCUGGCUUUGUCAGUGUAG